AUACAUAAUGAUUUUUAUGUCACUCUCAUUAGAUUGUGAACUCAUUAAGUAGGGAUUGUCUUUUAUUUUUCUUUAUAUCUUUAACCCUUAGCACAAUUCCUGGCAUACAGAAGCUUAAUAAGUGUUUAUGGACUGCUUUUAACUGAAAGGUAUAUGUACUUAUCCAAAGCCGUAAUCUGGUCAUGGAUUUAAUCCCAUCAAGGUCCAGUGUCAAAUUUGCUUUUUUCCAAAUAAAACAUAAACAUUUAUUCAUUGUGUCAUUCUAUUAUGCCCGGCAGGAUAUUAAGCACUGAGAAUACAAAUAGAAAAAUGGAAGUUCUUUCUCCAAGGAGUUUAUGUUCUGUUAUAAGAAAACUACAAGCAUAUAUAGGUGCAAAAAUAUAGGGUGGGGUAAGACAUUACCAAUCAAUUCCUCAAUCAGAGGAAUCUUGAGUGUAGGAGGCUUUGAACUGGCUUUUGAAGGAAGCUUGAAAUUCUGAUAAGAAAAGCAUAGAAGGGAGUACUUUGCAGACAUGAUGGGGACACCCUGGAUCAAGGUAUAGAGAGUAAAAGGUGGCUUGUUAUAAAGGACAGCAAGGAAACCAUUUGUUUAUAUCUUGUAUUUUAUUAAAUUCAUGUUUUACAAAUCUGUAAAGAUUGACUAUAAUUUUGAAAUUUAAAACACAAACUGAGGAGUUUAUAUUUGUUCCUAGUGACAUCAUGAAGUUCAGGAUUUUAUUGAACAAGAGGAUGACUUGGUUAGACUUAUGUUUAAGAAAUCUUGCAUUGGUAUCCAUAGGGUAAAAUUUAGAGACUGGGACAUCAAGAGACUAAUGAAUAGGAAGUUAAUUGGAAUAGUUCAGGUGAAAGAUGUUGACAGUUUGAUGGGAGCUAGCCAUAUGAGUCCAGAGGGAAGGGGAUGAAUAUGGGAAAUGUUAUAGAGCAGAGAAAGGACUUAGCAAAUGAUUCGGAUAUAUGAAGUGAGAAUGUGGGUAUGUAGUGAGUGUUUAGAAGUAUGAUUUUACCCAUAACAGAAAUAGAGAUUGUAGAAAGAAGAGUAGGUAUUUUGGGCACAAUAAGUUUGAUUUACUUAUGGAGUGUACAUCUUGUUUGAAAUAUCUAAAUGGAAGUUACUGAUGCAGGAGGAGAGCCCAAGAGAGAGAAUAACGAUAUCUACACAAAUGGGAUUCAUCUGUAUAUUGAUGGCAUUGGAUCUUUGGGACCUGAGUUAAUAUACUAAAUAUAUCAUUGAUGUAUAACCCUUGCCAACUAUUUUCUUGUUCUAGCUUCACUAAUUUUUCUUGUGCAAAAGCUUUUUAAUAUUAUGUGUCUUAUGUAAUUUAUGUAUUUUAGCGUUUAUGAUUUUGUUUGGUUAAGAAUUUUCCCCCGGUCACAAUUAUGAAAGAUACUUGCAUCCAUUUUCCUCCAAUUUUUAAAAAAUAAAUGACAUUUUAUUUUUAAGUUGAGUAUAUAUAACUUCACUGUUUGAUUUAUGUCCUUAUUUUACACAGGAAGAAGACUAAAGCACAGGAAGGUGAAGUCAUUUUUCUCAGAGCCUUGCAGCAAGUUAGAGUCAAAGAAUGUCAUUCCACCCUGGACGAGGCAAUUCCCGUGGACGAGGAGGAUCUGGUGGAAGAGCUUCAACUCAAACCUUCCGGCCUCAGAAUUUGAGACAGCUUCAUCCUCAGCAGCCUACUGGACAGUACCAGUAUGAACAACCAGUUGUCCCCCCAACCACUUUCACAAGUCCUCCAACUGCAAGCUACUUGCCACCCAGGCCUGAUUUUGUACCCUACCCCCCACCUGUGCCUCCAACAGCACAGACUCCUGUUACCCAGUGUCCCCUCAGGCCCCCUCUCCCCAACCAUCAGGUGAGGCCAACUUUUCCAGUACCACCUUGUUUUCCUCCCGUUCCUCCUCCUGUGCCUACUCCUACUAACACUUCAGUACCUGGAACACCUGCUACACAAACUACUUUUCCCUAUAUGAUGCCACCUCCUUCCCUGCCGCCACCACCCCCAGUCAUACCACCACAAGUUAAUUACCCAUCAGUUUAUCCCACAACCUAUUCACAGCAGUCUUUCCCACCUCCUAAUUUUAGUAGUUACCAGAAUAACUCUAGUUCUUUUCAGACCAGCAGUAACAAUAACAGCAGUAGCCAUUUUAGGCACCCAACUCAGUAUCAGGUAGAAAAGCCUUCGAGUGAAAGAAGGUCCCCAGAAAGGAGUAAGCAUUAUGAUGACCAUCGGCAUCGAGAACAUAGUCAUGGACAUGGCGACCGACAUCGGUCAGAUAGUCAUGGAGAUCGGCGAGACAGAACCCGAAGUCCAGACAGGAGGAGACAAGAAAGUAGCCGCCAUAGAUCAGAUUAUGAUAGAGGAAGGACUCCACCUCGUCACCGGAGUUAUGAGCAUAGCAGAGAGCGAGAACGGGACAGGGACAGGGACAGGCACAGGCACCGGGAAAGCCGAAGAUCCCCAUCUCCAGACAGAUCCUACAAAAAAGAGUACAAGCGAACUAGCAGCCGAUCACCAAGUAGAGAGAAGAAGAGAACUCGAUGGGAAGAUGACAGAGAUCGAUGGCUUGACAACCAGAAUUCUGGCAAAGAAAAGAGCUAUACCUCAAUCAAGGACAAAGAGCCAGAAGAUAUCAUGCCUGACAAAAAUGAAGAGGAAGAAGAGGACCUGCUUAAACCAGUCUGGAUUCGUUGUACUCAUUCAGAAAGCUACUAUUCUAAUGAUCCCAUGGAUCAAGUGGGAGAUUCUACCAUUGUUGGGACUAGUAGGCUUCGAGAUUUAUACGAAAAAUUUGAAGAAGAAUUAGGGAAGAGGCAAGCAAAAGCAAAAGCUGUGAGGCCUCCAUGGGAGCCACCCAAGACCAAACUAGAUGAGGAUUUAGACAGCUCUAGUGAAUCUGACUGUGAUUCUGAUGACGAUAGCAGCUGCUCCAGCAGUUCAGACUCUGAUGUUUUUGAUGUAAUUGCUGAAAUCAAACGCAAAAAAGCCCACCCUGAUCGACUUCAUGAAGAACUCUGGUAUAAUGACCCUGGACAGAUGAAUGAUGGCCCUCUUUGUAAAUGCAGUGCUAAAGCAAGGCGCACAGGAAUCCGGCACAGCAUCUACCCGGGUGAAGAGCCCAUCAAACCCUGUCGUCCUAUGACCAACAAUGCUGGCAGACUAUACCACUAUCGAAUUACAGUUUCGCCUCCUACAAACUUUUUAACUGAUAGACCAACUGUUAUAGAAUAUGAUGAUCAUGAAUAUAUUUUUGAAGGAUUUUCUAUGUUUGCACAUGCUCCUCUGACCAAUAUUCCCCUGUGUAAAGUAAUUAGAUUUAACAUAGACUACACAAUUCAUUUCAUUGAAGAGAUGAUGCCUGAGAAUUUUUGUGUGAAGGGCCUUGAGCUCUUUUCCUUGUACCUGUUCAGAGAUAUUUUGGAGCUCUAUGAUUGGAAUCUUACAGGCCCUUCAUUUGAAAAUAAUAGUUCGUGCUGUCCAAGAUUUCAUUUCAUGCCACGUUUUGUAAGAUUUCUACCAGAUGGAGGAAAGGAAGUGCUAUCAAUGCACCAGAUUCUACUCUAUUUGUUGAGAUGUAACAAAGCUUUAGUGCCUGAAGAGGAGAUUGCAAAUAUGCUUCAGUGGGAAGAACUUGAAUGGCAGAAAUAUGCAGAGGAAUGUAAAGGGAUGAUUGUUAACAAUCCUGGAAUGAAACCUAGCUCAGUACGCAUUGAUCAACUGGAUCGGGAACAAUUCAACCCUGACGUGAUUACUUUUCCAAUUAUUGUCCACUUUGGGAUACGCCCUGCCCAGUUGAGUUAUGCAGGAGACCCUCAGUAUCAGAAGCUGUGGAAAAGCUAUGUUAAGCUCCGCCACCUGUUGGCAAAUAGCCCCAAAGUCAAACAAGCUGACAAGCAAAAGUUGGCACAGAGAGAGGAAGCUCUGCAGAAAAUUAGACAGAAGAAUACAAUGAGAAGAGAGGUGACUGUGGAACUGAGUAGCCAAGGAUUCUGGAAAACUGGUAUCCGCUCUGAUGUUUGCCAGCAUGCAAUGAUGCUUCCAGUUUUGACUCAUCACAUUCGUUAUCACCAGUGCUUGAUGCAUCUUGACAAGUUGAUAGGAUAUACUUUCCAAGAUCGUUGUCUGCUACAGCUAGCAAUGACUCAUCCCAGUCAUCACCUAAACUUUGGAAUGAAUCCUGAUCAUGCUCGUAACUCUUUAUCCAAUUGUGGGAUACGUCAACCCAAAUAUGGAGACAGAAAAGUCCAUCACAUGCACAUGAGGAAAAAAGGAAUUAACACCUUAAUAAAUAUCAUGUCACGCCUUGGUCAAGAUGACCCUACUCCUUCCAGCCACAGACUGAACCCGAACUCCAGCAAGCCGUCUCACAAAUGUGUGCCCUUGAGUGCAAGGAAGAUCAGGAUUAACCACAAUGAACGUUUGGAAUUCCUGGGUGAUGCAGUUGUUGAAUUUCUAACUAGUGUCCAUCUGUACUACCUAUUUCCUAGCCUAGAAGAAGGAGGACUAGCAACCUAUCGUACAGCUAUUGUUCAGAAUCAACAUCUUGCUAUGUUAGCCAAGAAACUUGAACUGGAUCGAUUCAUGCUUUAUGCUCAUGGACCUGACCUCUGUCGGGAAUCAGACCUUCGCCAUGCUAUGGCAAAUUGUUUUGAGGCCUUAAUAGGAGCUGUUUACUUAGAAGGAAGCCUUGAAGAAGCUAAGCAGUUAUUUGGGCGUUUACUUUUUAAUGACAAGGACCUCCGAGAAGUAUGGCUUAAUUAUCCACUACACCCACUCCAACUACAAGAGCCAAAUACUGAUCGACAACUUAUUGAAACCUCUCCAGUAUUACAGAAGCUUACAGAAUUUGAAGAAGCUAUUGGAGUCAUUUUUACACAUGUUCGACUUUUGGCACGAGCAUUCACAUUGAGAACAGUGGGAUUUAAUCAUCUGACUUUAGGCCAUAAUCAGAGAAUGGAAUUUCUGGGUGACUCCAUAAUGCAGUUAGUAGCUACAGAAUAUUUAUUCAUUCAUUUUCCUGAUCAUCAUGAAGGUCAUUUAACGCUGUUACGCAGCUCUUUGGUGAACAACAGAACACAAGCAAAAGUAGCAGAAGAGUUGGGCAUGCAGGAAUAUGCCAUCACCAAUGACAAGACCAAGAGACCUGUGGCACUCCGUACUAAGACCUUGGCUGAUCUUUUGGAAUCAUUUAUUGCUGCACUGUACAUUGAUAAGGAUUUGGAAUACGUUCACACUUUCAUGAAUGUGUGCUUCUUUCCAAGGCUAAAGGAGUUCAUUUUGAAUCAGGAUUGGAAUGAUCCUAAAUCCCAACUUCAGCAGUGCUGCCUGACCCUUAGAACAGAGGGAAAAGAGCCCGACAUUCCUCUCUAUAAGACUCUUCAGACAGUGGGACCAUCUCAUGCAAGAACUUACACUGUGGCUGUUUAUUUCAAAGGGGAAAGAAUAGGCUGUGGUAAAGGCCCAAGUAUUCAACAAGCAGAAAUGGGAGCUGCAAUGGAUGCACUUGAAAAAUAUAAUUUUCCUCAGAUGGCUCAUCAGAAGCGGUUCAUUGAACGGAAAUACAGACAAGAGUUAAAAGAAAUGAGAUGGGAAAGAGAACAUCAGGAGAAAGAACCAGAUGAGACUGAUGAAGUAGUGACACCAUACAUACAAGUGAAACGUGAAGAAUUAAGUCCCUGAAUCAGAUAUUUGAUCUUCAAUAUGCCAGUCAACUUCACUUUUGAAAACAUCUGCUGGACAUGGAAACCAUUUUUCUCUAAGCACUUUGUCUUCUGUAGAAAGAAGACUCUAAUAAUAGACUUAAAAAGAAAAGGGGAAAAGAUAUCUGUAUGUUCCAUUGUCAUUGGAAUAGACAUUUGAGUCAUAGUCCAUACAUUCUUUGAAAGUUUGGUAGGAAAAAAGAGGUAGUAAAAACUAAGUUAAUAGUUUAGUUGAUGAAAAUGAUAAAGUGAAAAUAAUGUUUUUUAAGUUAACUUUAUUGCUAUCUAAUAAAGGGGAAAUUAUUUGUACACUCCCCUAAAAAGGAUUAUUCCAAGUCCCUAUUUGCAAAAUAAAAAUCCCAUUUUUCUUGAUUUGCGCUUUCAAAAGUGCAGAAUUAUAACCCAGUAGAAAAUGCAACAAACUUUUUAAAAUUUGGCCCUUAUCUGCAUAUUUGUCUUUAUACUUUUCAUAUUACAAAAAUCUUUGGAGAAAAUAUAUAACAAAGUGCCUUCUAUAUUGUGGGAGGGGGUGGAAUUAUAUUUUUUUAUAAUAGUAUUGAAUUGAAUUCAUCAUAGGUUGUUUGAACUGGAAGGGCCUUAAAGAUCAUAUAGUCCAGUCACUUUAUUAUACAGAUGAUGAAUGAGUGGCGUGUGAUCACUCUCCAAGGACAGGAAAAGACACCUGAUCUCUAUUCAAUUCUUUGUAUCUAAAUUGAAUUGAAUUGAAUUGAAUACAAUUAUAGAAAUUGGAAUUAUCCUAUCCCUAGCGUUUAUGAUGUUGAAGCAUCAGAGAAUCAUAAGUUUAUCUAAUACUACCAGACUCUUAAGUUACGUUUGUUUUCACCUUAACAAAUUGUGUGUAUUGUCUGGGUUAUCUUCUACUUAAGUUCUAAUGUAAUGCCUCCUCAUUCACUCGAGGUGGUCCUGAAUUUUUAAUGUUUAUACUGUUCAGAACAUAGCCUCUGGCAGGUUCUACCAAGUUUUGAAGUCUUCAAGUCUCAGCUAGAUAACAUACUCUUGAUCUGUUGCCUGUGCAUCAGCCUAGUCAAGUUCAAAAAAGCUCGUUGCCAGUAGGCUGACCAUCAGGUAAUGGAUAUUUCUUUCUUUCUUUCUUUCUUUUUUUUUUUUUUUUUUUUUUUUUUUGCCUUGUAGCAACUUAUGGGACCACCCAUUAAGUUAUGGAUGAGUUUUGAAAUUGGUCAGUGGAAGGUGCAUUCACACUGACAAAAUCACUCAUUCUGUAUUAUACUAGUAAGGGCUGAAAUGAAUGUCAGGAAUAUAUUGCCAGAUACCUAGGGAAUAGAGCAUAUGUGAGGCUGGAGAGGCCUCCAUUAAUUCCCUAUGUAUCAUUGUUUCUUGAAAAUAAAACCACCCUGUUAUGUGUCAAGGAAUAAUUCCUAGUUUCAUGUAGAACCAUGUUUUCUCUAGUCCUUGUCAUUUUUCUUCCUUGUACUAUUUGUGACCUUUUUCAGCUUUUGUCUCUAUAUUAUAUGCUCCUGAAAUCUGGAGAAGUAUAAAAGUUACAUAUCAGAAUCUUAAUGUGAAAAAAUUUAGCAUGAGAUGUUCUUGAUAAAUGUCGGGUGCACAAGAAAUGAAAGGAAUUGGUGCAAAUAUGUAAAGUUUGAAAGCUGUAACCCAAUAGCUGUGUGCUCAAAAGAUAUGAACAAGCAGUUUCCAAAAGAAUAAAUGUAAACAUCAGCAGCCAUUUGAAAGAAUGCUUCAGAUUACUAAUAAUGAGAACAUUUAGAUUAAAACUUUUCUGAAACUUCAUAUCUUGCCAUUUGACAAAGAUAACAAUAGUAAUGCUAAAAAAGAUUAUGUGGGGGAAAGCACCCUAAAGUAAUGGUAGUAUAGUUGUGAAUUGGUCCAACCAGUCAUUCUGGAAAACAAUUUGGAACCGAGAUAGAAAAAAAUCUCACUAUAUUCUGCAUAAUUUUUGACCCAGUAAUCACUAUUUUGAUAUAGUCCAAGGAAGUAAAAAACAAAAAGGAAUGAUCUCAGAUGCAUAAAUAAUGGUAUAGCUAUAGUUUUUGUGGGAACAAAAAAUCAAUCUGGGUACCCACAAAUUGGGGAAUGGCUGACAGAUUUUCUUAUAUAAAUGUAAUGAAAUAUUAUGUUGUCAUAAGAAAUUGCACGACCAACUUGGAAUGACUUUCUCGAACUGAUACAGAAUGAAGUUAGCAGAAGGAAAAGAAAACUUUGAUUAAUGACUAUAGUAAUAUAAAGGAAAACAACUUCAACAGACACUGGAAGUCUGAUCAGUGCAAUGCAGAAUACUGCCUGUGAAACAUACCUCCUCCAAGGAUGUUAAAAACCCUAUGUACAAAAUAAGACCUGUAUUGUCAGAUAUGGCUGAUGUGUCAUUUUGUUUUGUUUAACUAUGCUUAUUUGUUACAAUGGGGGUGGUAAUUUGGGUCAGGGGAGGGAUUACUGAGAAGUGACAGCAAUGUAAAAAAUAUCAAUAAAGCAUAUAUUUAAAAACAA